AUGACCUACAUGGUCUUGAUCAAAACCCACGCCUCUGUCAACGGCACGGAAGUCCAUCUACCCGCCCUACUCACUGGAGAUGCCAAGGCCAUGGCAGCAGAGACGCAGUUCCUGGCCGUACCUUCCCUGCAAGGCACAAUCGAGGGCGCCCAUGCCUCGGUGCCCCACAUCCGCGGCCUGCUGGCCUUGUUACCGCGAGAGCAACUUGUUGCCAGGCCAUCCACCACAUCAGAAAAUGACUCCACCCCCCUCUUUGAGCGGCUGGUCUCCGCCCUUUUGCUGCGCGCAUCCCCGGACCAAACCUUGGACACGCGCAUUGCCGCCUAUCAGACACUUAACGUUGCAGCCUCGUUGCUUGUCACGCAAGUGACCGACGCGCCAGAUUUAUCGGCCUUUGAUGUUGCUAGCCUGGUGACUGAGCUCCUCAACUGUAGCAUGGAAGGAGCUGACGACAAGGUGGCGGUCAUCAAAAGCCAGGCACGCAGCAUCUUUUCCAAGCUCUUGCGCCUCCUCCGCUCUGGCCAGGAACAGCUACUGGAAACGUUAACCCGAGGCCUGGCCGCCAUGCCCGCGGAUAGCAAGCGACGGUAUGCUUUGCUGGCGCGCUUGGUUAACGAGUUUGGCUUUGACUUUUGGCAAUCGCGCUUUGUCGAUCUGCCCGCCAUGGUGGCCGCUGGACUCGAGUACCAUGGCACUGUUCAAGCCGCCAGUAGCGUGUAUCGUGCCGCCAUCAAGGCGUAUACCUUUCCAACAGACUUGCCGCGCUGGAGAGCCAGCUGGGCAAAUCUUCUAGUUGAUCUCUUGAGUCGGCGCGAGGCAGCAGUGGCUCUCACCGUCCGUGAGCUCUGGCUGCCAGACACGGCCCGCGCCUCGCCCCUGCUUCUACCGUGCUUGCGUGAGGAGCUGACAGCUCGUAAGGUGCAUCUAGACUACAGCAGCCUUCUUCAAGGUUUGCUUUUGGUCGCUGCCGCUGCUCGUCAGGAGGGUCAACUCCCCGAUGAUAUAUGGCGUGAUCCAGCCACUUGUGCUUCUGCCCUGGGCUUGGACUAUGCAUCUCUCCAAAGUGCCUUCCUUCAUCAGGACGAGAACAUCCGUUUCACGGCAGCAGCACUCGUGCUUGCGGCCCCACAGACCAUCCACGUGCCGGAAACCUGCGAACUGGAUCUCUUUUGUCAGUUUGUAUCCCAAAACCUCAACUGCCCUUGGGCCUCAGCACGUCAGCGGACCCUAACGCUGGUGCGGCAAUUUUGGCAGCGCCUGCUUGUUAGUGAGCAGCACGCUCGCCAGCGCCAUGCCAAACUCGAAGCCAUGGCUCUUCGCCGCGCAGACGAGGAUCAAGCACUUUCGCCUGAAGAGGAUCGCAGCCAUUCUGAAGCAUUCGAUUUAACUGAUGCCGCCCAUGAACGUGUCGAGAUCGCGCUCCGCCACUGCCAGCGAGAAGCCCUCCUCAGCCUGAGCGUCGGAACCAACGCGCAACGCUCAGGGCAGGGUCUCAAGCUUCUCUUGCUCUUGGAAGAUAUGCUGGAAUGGACCGAAUGGGCUCACGCUGACGUGGUGCAAAAUGAUGCCCAUGCUCUCUAUACGGUGGCUUUUGCUCUGGCCUCCAACUACCCCGCUCUGCGGGCCGACGCCGCCCGCGUCCUUCAAGCGUGGUACCCGCGUCUGGCCCCAACAGAGCAGCUCAAUCUCAAGGAAUUUGCCCUGCGAAACAUGUGGUCAGCCUGUGGUGCACCACGCAGCAAGGACCGUCAAGCAGCCGUUGCCUUCGCGCGAACGUUGUUGCCUUUGCCAGUUGAACACACCAUCGUGGUAACCCCUGAUCCAAUGCGAACCCCCGCCCACAGUCCGACCUUGCCUGCACAAUCAGCCGAUGCCGAGGAAAGCGCGUCUCCGCUUGCCCGCCUCGUGGUAGCCGGGGCCCCCGUCUUGCUCUCCUUGGAGGCACGCGUCACAGCGCCUGCUUCAAUGGCCCAGUCGUCCUGUGUACAGCUUCUGCUUCACGAGGUGCGCUAUCAUAUGGGUAUCUUAACGGCCUCGACGGAUCGUAAUCGGUGGAGCCGCCACCCCUUGGAUGGUUGGAUCGAGUGCGUGCAGGAAGCACUGCUGCGCGAGCCCUUGAACAAGGAAGACUUACGGGCAACGUUUGAGCUGGGACAGGCCGUGCUGGCCUACGGUCGAGCCAUGCUGGCACUGGAUCGGGGCUCCAUGCCUUCUUUCGCUGAUAUGGACGGUGCCAUCACCGAUUGCGUGGAAGAUGAUCAAGACACCAUGGCCAGCGACAACGCUUCCUAUGCCAUGAAUUUUGCCUGGACCACACUACGCGCCGGCUCAGCCCUACUAGCCACGGUGGUGCAGGUCAUUGUUGGCUCAAAUACGGGCCAUUGGUCAAUGGACGAGCAGGUCGCACUUACUCAGACUGUGACGGAGGGUCUCCGCGACAUUUUGGCCUCGUGUCGCCAUCGUGGCAUCAUCGAGUCCACGGCCGGGACACUGCUGCAGCAAACUCGCAAGCGCCACGCUCUGGUUGAUACCAUGGCACAACUUGAGGGCAUUGCCCGCUUGGGCAUUCACUUUGACGCAUCUGACGAAACACUGGAUCCACCACAGAUGUUGGCGUUUUACGUGCUGAAGCUGGUGCUGGGUGAUCGCACACUCAGUGCAGCUACCGAGCACAGUCUGGCACAUUGCGCGCGACUUGCCAUUGAUGGAUUCAGAGCAAGCACCUGGUUGAUUCGCAACGCCAGUUUGCAGCUUUUUUCCCAAGCAAUUGAGCGCAUCUUUGAAAGUGGGCCCAACGAAAGCGGCUGUCUCCCCACAACGGACUUUGCUCGCCGGUACCGAGUGCUCUGGACUCGCUUACAACAGGAAAUCACGGAUCUGGCCAAGCAUUGCUUUGACCUACCCUUCCUUCUGGAUCAACCACAUUUGAUGCCCCUCUUGCUCAUGCUGGCUCGACUGCGUGGUGCACUCAACGCGGAUGAUGUUGUGCCGGAGGGCUUAUGGGACAGUCUGGCUCGAUUGGCACAGUGCCCGAGCUACCACGCACGGACUCGAGCGGCCAUAGCCCUGGCACGGCUCGGCGAAACGCCCCGCCUGCUUGAUACAACCGAAGUGACCACGCCCAAUGCACUACACGGAGCGCUACUCUGCGCUCAUGCCGCGUUGAAGCGCGGCAUUGUGUGGGCACCGGCAGUAGGGAAUUGCUUGCGCGGCCUUCAAUCCAAACUUGGCACCACUUUGGACUCCAUGUGCUUGCAUGCUUGGCAAGAGUGCUUCUUGGCACUACCCACUGAAUGGCAAGCACGUUUCGAGACCGUGAGCCCACAGCAUGCAACAGUGCACGUGCAGGUCCGCGCACAGGCUAUGGAAGCCCAUCAAGCCCAUCGCGCCCAAUCUCUGCAACAAGCCAAAGCUGCCCUGGCCACCGGAGAAAUCACCGCCGAGGAUGCGGCCCGGCUACUUUUUGCUCAAUUCUCGAAUACUGUAGCUGAUGAGCUGGCUCUGACCGCACUGGCUCAUGCAGUGCUGCGCGCGCUGGGUGCUCAAAAGUCUGGCACUUACGACGUGUUCGCUAGCACUGAAGUGGUCCAAGGCGUUUUGCAGCUAAAGAACGAUCGUCUGCGACAAGCUCUCUUUGCAGUGCUGGGCUACGUGGCCGUGGAGGAGGCGUUACCAGCAUUGCUGCACCGCUGCAUGGCUUUGUGUGCUUGGGAUCGCGAUCCUGUCUUCCAGCUUGCGGCGGCCCGUUGCAUGCGCGGUCUGUGCGCGAGAUCUACAGCAAACCUGGAGGUAGCGUGGGCUCGAGACGCCGUGCUGGUGCUGCUGGAGCUAGCCGAAGCUGAAGAUGACUCAAUUCGCCAAAUGGCUUGCAAAGCCUGGCAAGGCCUGUCGGGCGCGCAACUACCUGCCAAUUUUGUGGGCACUUCGAGCGAUAUUAUGGCCUGGUUGUGUACGUCGGCCACCACAGACGCCGCGCGUGAGCAUUUAUUGGUGCAUUUUUUGGAACGAUGUGACCGCUUUGAAGCCUUGAACACGACCAAGUUGUUUGAACAAGAACCUCUCAACUGCUUCCGUGAGCCCCUUCUCUGGUUUCAGCGCACGCACCGCUUGGCAGCGUAUUGGGGGCCCCUGGCUCUGCAGCCAACUACGGUUGCCCAGUGGCGUUCACGCUUGCUGUCAGACCUCGAAAAUUUGAGCACAAUCAAUGCCGUAACCUUGUAUGCGCAGUCAGAGCGCCUACGAGUUUUCAAAACCAUCCACACAUUAGGUGCGGUGUUUUGCAGCCAACACCACGUGGAUGCUGAGGUGUUGAAGGCGGUCGAGCGCGCGCUUGACAAUAUGUGGUGGAUCAACACGGACGUCUGUCUGGGCUUUGACCUCCGAUGGCAGCUCGGUACUUUGCGAAGAAGUGGUGGUACAACGAUGGACGCACUCGAUGGUGCUGGCGAGCCCGCCGCAUCUCCUGCCCAGCACCUGCUGCUGCUGACGGCGCUUCUCGCUGCAGUGGGUAUCAUAAAAGCAUCUGAGGCGCCCGACGUUGAGCAAAUCCCGUCCGAGGGAUCGACCACAGACCCUUCAAGUGACGUAAAUAGCCUGUAUAUGAUCACCGACAACGUUUGGUGGCUUUCGUAAGGAAAGCUGGCUCAAUCACCUCGCGGCUGUCGCGAUGACCUGUCUCCCGAGUCCAAGAUGUCUUCUGCAUCACACCUGUCACUUUUUCUGGUGUGCGUCUUUCGAUUAAUUUACUCAAGGGGAGUGAG